AUGUCAAGUCUAGCAAACCACCAAAUGUAUGCUGCUACCCCUGUUCACGCCGGUAUGGUUCCGCCUAAACCCCGUCCCCGCGUGACUACCACGUUGUGGGAGGACGAAAAUACCCUCUGCUUUCAAGUGGAGGCCCGAGGCAUCUCGGUCGCCCGUCGUGAGGAUAACGAUAUGAUCAACGGUACCAAGCUUUUGAAUGUUGCUGGUAUGACGCGUGGACGCCGUGACGGUAUGCUCAAGGCCGAAAAAGUUCGCCAUGUGGUCAAGAUUGGCGCCAUGCACCUCAAGGGCGUGUGGAUUCCUUUCGACCGUGCCGCUGCUUUUGCCCAAAAGGAAGGUAUCGCCGACCUACUUUAUCCUCUAUUCGUUGAAGAUAUUCGCUCUUUCCUCUAUCGUCAGCAAAACCCCAGUGCCACUGGUGAUGUUGGUUUGAUGCAGGGUGGUCAAGAUGUCAAAGGCUAUCCUACCGGCCCACAGCACCCUCAGAUGCUGCCUAAUGCUGGUCAGAUGCCCGUACAGAGCCACAUGGGCCACCACCAGGCGUCAAUGAUGCCUGGCCCAACCUCUGGUAUCCCCGGUGAAAAGGGCAUGGUCCGUCGCGAUGAUGUUGGCGGCGCUGCUGGCGGUCACCAGGCUGAUGGCCAAGGUACCGGUGGAUCUGCUGAUCAGAUGGGCAGCCAGCACCAGGCUUACAGCCGCCAGUAUGGCUACAUGCCCCAGUAUGGUAUGCAGGGAUACGGACCGAUGGGUGCGUAUAACUCCGCCUACGGCUCACCUUAUGCUUCUUAUCCUAUGGUUUACAGCAACCAGGACUACUCGCAAGCUCACCAAGCUCAGGCUGCCCAGCAACCCCAACAGCAGCAGCAGCAACAGCAGCAACAACCUCAACAGCAGCAGCAGCAGGGACAGCCCCAGCAAGUCCAGCACGCAAUGUACUAUCAGGGUCAGCAGUAUCAACAAGGUUACGAUCAGAGCCAGAUGUACCAGCAGGCGCAGCAGCAGGCUCACCACACUCCCCAGGCUCAGCAACAAGCCGCCCAACAAGCCGCCCAACAGCCCCAGGCUCAGCAGCACCAUCAGCAGUACUACCAGACCCCCCAGGCUUCCAAACCGGUCGGUGACAAGCAUGGCGAGGCUAAGCUCAGUGGUUGA